GAUCCGUCAUGGCGGACGAUCAAGGCACCGGCCGAUGUUUCAUUACAAGUACACUGACAAUGUCUUUUCAUAACACCUGACACUCUGUGCGAGUUUAGAAGGACAUAGAUUCUAAUUAUGAAACUGAUCGCAAAGAAUUUCGAGAAAGACAGUUCGGGAUCUGUUGUCCUGGUCCCAGACGAGGCUGAAGAUAUGUGGCAUGCAUAUAACCUCAUUGCUGUUGGUGAUCGUCUGAGAUCAACUACAAUCAGGCGAGUACAAACAGAGUCAGCAACAGGAUCAGUUAGCAGCAACAAAGUUCGAACAACUCUUUCCAUAGCUGUGGAAGGAGUUGAAUUUGACACUCAAGCAUGUAUGUUGAGGAUAAAAGGAAGGAAUGUGCAAGAGAAUCAGUAUGUUAAGAUGGGGGCUUACCACACAAUAGACCUGGAGUUAAAUAGAAAGUUCACUCUUAUCAAAGAGUACUGGGAUAUCAUUGCUCUAGAAAGAGUUGAACUAGCCUGUGACCCAGCACAGCAUGCCGAUCUAGGAGCCAUUUUACUUCACGAAGGCCUUUGUCAUAUCUGCCUGGUAACAUCAAGUAUGACAAUUGUAAGAGCAAAGAUUGACAUGAAUAUUCCAAGAAAAAGAAAAGGAUUCUGUGGCCAACAUGACAAGGGCUUGUUUAGGUUUUAUGAUGCUAUAAUUCAGGGUAUUCUCAGUCAUAUUAAUUUUGAAGUCAUCAAGUGCAUUAUUGUUGCUAGUCCUGGCUUUGUCAAGUUAGUAAUUGAUAGAGCUUUGAGAACAGGUAAUGUCCAAGGACAAAUAUACAAACAUAUUUUCGCGCAUUCUUCAUCGGGUCACAAACAUUCGCUCAAAGAAGUUCUGGCGGAUCCCACUGUCACCGCAAAACUUGCAGACACCAAGGCAUCAAGCGAAGUAAAGGCCCUGGAUAAUUUCUUCAUGAUGCUACAAACAGAACCCGACAGAGCUUAUUAUGGCGUUACACAUGUGGAGGAGGCCAAUGAAGCUUUGGCAAUUGAAACUCUUCUUGUCACAGAUGAACUUUUCAGGUCGACAGAUUUGCCAACUCGCAAAAGAUACGUUAAGCUUGUUGAAAGUGUGAAAGAAAAUGGCGGCGAAGUCAGGGUGUUUUCAAGUCUACAUGUUUCUGGAGAACAGCUUGGCCAGUUGUCCGGUGUUGCGGCAAUCUUACGCUUUCCUAUGCCAGACAUUGCAGAUGAUGAAGGCUCCGCUGAUUCUGAGGAGGAUUAGUGAAACUUGUACAUACAUUUCUCAAAACUGGAUUUAGAGCGCUUUUCGAUUGAAUGCCUUAAGACCAAAAGCUGAUUUAUCGCGGCAACCAAUCAGGAGUGAGGCGGAUAUCUCAAGGAGCCAAUGAGAACUCAAAGCUGCCUCAAGCGCGGGAAACGUCACUGACCAAGACGCGAUUGGUUUUAGACUUGUAUAUGAUUGGCUGAGGGGAUCGCGCGAGUUGUGUCAGACCAAUCACAGAGCGAAGUAAAGCAAACCAAUUUUGUCCUGGUUUACUUUCGAAACUCGUUUUGAAACACUCAAUUAUUUUACAGGAUUUAGCAAACAUUAUAAUUAUUAGAAACUCCGAGAGACAACUUUUUAAAACGUGAUCUCAAAUUAGCAAAUUCCUGUUUAUGUUAAACGGGUUUUCAACUUAAACAGGCAACGUUUAUGAUAUCGUUAGAAAAAGUUGUGGUUGUAUAUCAUGACAAUGUACAUUGCCAGUGAUGAAAACUAUUGUUUUCCUCUUGAUGUAGUUAAAGCUGAUGUAGAUCGCCUUUUCAACCUCGUUCCCUGGUUGAGAGAGGACCAUAAAAACGAGGUUGAUUGUGCAUUGUGUUGUGGAAACGUUUUGAUAGUCAGCUGUAAGUUGUCAUUACAUAUUUAUUAAUGAUAAUGAGAUAAUUAAUGAUGAUAAUGUAGCAACAAAGAUGGUUAUUUCCCAGGCCGUGAGACAGGCUCUUGGGCAAACAGGUUAUCCAGAUCAAUACGAAACAAAAGAUUUUGAAAAACAUUUCGCUAA